UUGGAUGUCUUCCUACAAAUAUAACCUCGACUGUGGCAUGCAAUACCAGCACUUUACAGUGAAAACACUUACAAAGUCUUUGAUCGUCCCCAUAUACUACAUCGUCACGGUAUGUUCGAUGGACGAGCUAAGGGACAAGUUAGCUCCCGGCAGUCAGGACAGUCUGACUCAGUAACUUGGGUUACGGGCCAUUCCAGCCUAUCGGCAAUUUUAGAUCUUGGUCGCAAACAUAUCAUUAGCGAGUCAUCCACACCACGAUGGGCUAAUUUGAGGACGCUGCGGCGUGCAUGGCAGGAAUUCUAACCCGGUAUCUACUUGAAAUAAAUGAUUGCAGUGCCGUGGCGUGCCAUUCCUCUGUCACAAUGUCCUUUGGCGCCGUGUUUGCUACAACUACACCAAUUACUGUUGGUCCGUACCACUACGUCCCUACAGAGUGGAUAUGUAUCCUUUUUUUGGUGUUGUACAGAAUUUCGACUGCGACCUUCGCGGGUAUCUUGGAAAUUCUAGGAUGGAGUGCCAGAUUAUGGUCGAGUCGGAACCCCAAGCUUUUGACGCCUUAUGAGAUCCAAAUCGUCGGCACUAUAAUAGCACCUACUCCGCUUGUCGCAGCCAACUUUAUCAUCCUUGGCAGGUACAGCCGUCUAACCCCAAGGUUAUAUACCAUCGUUUUUUGUUGCUUUGACAUUGUUUGCUUGAUUGUACAAGCUGUGGGAGGUGCAUCCGCUGCGCACGCCGCCAGCACGAAGACAAGCGCUUCGAUGGGUGCGAAUAUUAUGCUAGGAGGAAUUGCUGCUCAGCUUUCGGUUGAGACUCUCUUGCGUUUGCGAUAUAAUCGACCCUUCCGCUACGUUGAACAACGUCGCAUAUUGGAGAAAGGCCCACGUGUUGUAAGUAAGAACUUGCGACUUAUGCUUUGUGGCAUGGCGUUCUGUACACUUUGCAUAUUCAUUCGGCUACUCGCCGAUGGAUGGGAUGAGCCAGUGAUUACGACGGAGCGCUACUUUGACUGGCUCGAUGGUGGCAUGGUGACUCUUGCCAUCUACACUCUCAAUUUCUUUUACCCGGGUAUCUUGGUGAAGAAAGACAAUCCUCUGACUCACGCUUCACAGCAAUCCAUCGACGAAGAAUCUAGUUCGACCAAGACCUAAAACAUUGAGUGCUCUUGGAUUUUACUACGAAGAGACGAUGGACCGUCGUAUUUAUCAGUAGAGCAAUUGUCAAGGCGUUCUUCUAUACUACUUCCACUCAAGUAUCUACUUAGCAGCCUGGUUUGUGCGAUUGUCGAGCAUCUCUGGCAUAUCUUGGCAUG